AUGGAGCCCCGCGGCAUGGACUACUUCAGCGCCCAGGUGCUGCAGAAGGACGUGGGCGGCCGGCUGCAGGUCGGCCAGGAGCUGCUGCUCCACCUCGGCACCCCCGGCGCCAUCCCGGACCUGGAGGACGACCAGAGCCGCCUGGCCAAGACGGUCGAUGCGCUCACCGGCUGGGUGGGCUCGAGCAACUACCAGGUAUCAUUAAUGGGAUUGGAAAUUUUAAGUGCCUUUGUGGAUAAAUUAACAACACGAUUUAAAUCUUAUGUAGCAAUGGUUAUUGAAGCUUUAAUAGACAGAAUGGGAGAUGCCAAAGACAAAGUUCGAGAUGAAGCUCAAACACUGAUACUGAAGUUGAUGGAUGAAGUAGCACCACCUAUGUAUGUGUGGGGACUGUUGGCUUCUGGUUUUAAACACAAGAAUUUUCGAUCUCGAGAAGGCGUGUGUCUGUGUCUUAUUGAAACAUUAAACACUUUUGGGACUCAGCCAUUAGUCCUCAGCAAGUUGAUACCACAUUUGUGUGUCCUGUGUGGAGAUUCUAAUAGUCAGGUGAGAGAUGCUGCAAUAUUGGCUAUAGUGGAGAUUUAUAGACAUGUGGGAGAAAAAGUGAGGGUAGAUCUUUAUACAAGAGGAAUUCCUUCUGCUAGAUUAAAAAUGAUCUUUGCCAAAUUUGAUGAAGUGCAAAAUUCAGGUGGUAUGAUUUUGAGUGCCUGCAAAGAUAAAAGCUUUGAUGAUGAAGAAUCCGUGGAUGGAAAUAGGCCGUCGUCAGCUGCCUCAGCCUUCAAGGUUCCUGCACCUAAAACGUCCGGAAACCCCGUCAAUAGUGCGAGGAAACCUGGUUCAGCAGGUGGCCCCAAGGCUGGAGCAGGUGCUUCUAAAGAAGGAGGUGCUGGAGCCGUUGACGAGGAUGAUUUUAUAAAAGCCUUCACAGAUGUCCCUUCUGUUCAGAUCUAUUCUAGUCGAGAACUUGAAGAAACAUUAAAUAAAAUCAGGGAAAUUUUGUCAGAUGACAAACACGACUGGGAUCAACGUGCCAAUGCACUUAAGAAAAUCCGAUCACUCCUGGUUGCGGGAGCUGCACAAUAUGAUUGCUUUUUCCAACAUUUACGCUUGUUGGACGGAGCACUUAAACUUUCAGCUAAGGAUCUUAGGUCCCAGGUGGUUCGCGAAGCUUGCAUUACUGUCGCCCAUCUCUCAACAGUUUUGGGAAACAAGUUUGAUCAUGGCGCUGAAGCCAUUGUUCCUACACUUUUUAAUCUUGUCCCCAAUAGUGCAAAAGUCAUGGCAACUUCUGGAUGUGCAGCAAUCAGGUUCAUCAUUCGGCAUACUCAUGUACCCAGACUUAUACCUUUAAUAACAAGCAAUUGCACAUCAAAAUCAGUUCCUGUGAGGAGGCGUUCAUUUGAAUUUUUAGAUUUGUUGUUGCAAGAGUGGCAGACUCAUUCCUUAGAAAGACAUGCAGCUGUCUUGGUCGAAACUAUCAAGAAAGGAAUUCAUGAUGCUGAUGCUGAGGCAAGAGUGGAAGCAAGAAAGACAUAUAUGGGUCUUAGAAACCACUUUCCUGGCGAAGCUGAAACGUUGUAUAAUUCCCUUGAGCCAUCUUAUCAGAAGAGUCUUCAAACCUACUUAAAGAGUUCUGGCAGUGUAGCAUCUCUUCCACAAUCAGACAGGUCCUCAUCUAGCUCACAAGAAAGUCUCAAUCGCCCUUUUUCUUCCAAAUGGUCUACAGCAAAUCCAUCAGCUGUGGCUGGAAGAGUAUCAGCAGGUAGCAGCAAAGCCAGUUCCCUUCCAGGAAGUCUGCAGCGUUCACGAAGUGACAUUGAUGUGAAUGCUGCUGCUGGUGCCAAGGCACAUCAUGCUUCCGGACAGUCUGUGCGAAGUGGGCGGUUGGGGGCAGGUGCCCUGAAUCCAGGUUCCUAUGCUUCCCUAGGCCGGGUGAGAGCAAAGCUGUCAGCACCUCUUACUGGCAUGGGAAACGCCAAGGCGGAUUCCAGAGGACGAAGCCGAACGAAGAUGGUGUCCCAGUCACAGCCUGGUAGCCGUUCGGGGUCUCCUGGAAGAGUUCUGACCACAACAGCCCUCUCCACUGUGAGCUCUGGUGUUCAAAGAGUCCUGGUCAAUUCAGCCCCAGUGCAGAAAAGAAGCAAGAUACCGCGCAGCCAGGGCUGCAGCAGAGAGGCUAGUCCAUCGAGGCUCUCAGUUGCCCGGAGUAGUCGUAUUCCUCGACCAAGUGUGAGUCAGGGGUGCAGCCGGGAAGCAAGUCGGGAGAGCAGCCGGGACACAAGUCCUGUUCGCUCUUUCCAACCCCUGGGUCCGGGCUAUGGGAUGAGCCAAUCAAGCCGACUGUCAUCCUCUGUCAGUGCCAUGCGAGUCCUGAACACUGGUUCCGACGUGGAGGAGGCAGUAGCAGAUGCCUUGAAAAAGCCUGCUCGAAGAAGAUAUGAAUCAUACGGGAUGCAUUCUGACGACGAUGCGAACAGCGAUGCGUCUAGUGCUUGUUCAGAACGCUCGUAUAGUUCUCGAAAUGGUAGUAUUCCUACAUAUAUGAGGCAGACGGAAGAUGUCGCAGAAGUCCUUAAUAGGUGUGCUAGUUCCAAUUGGUCAGAAAGGAAGGAAGGACUCCUGGGUCUGCAGAACUUGUUAAAAAAUCAGAGAACCUUAAGCCGAGUUGAACUGAAAAGAUUAUGUGAAAUUUUCACAAGAAUGUUUGCUGAUCCUCAUGGCAAGGUGUUCAGCAUGUUUUUGGAGACUCUAGUGGAUUUCAUACAAGUCCACAAGGAUGAUCUUCAAGAUUGGUUAUUUGUACUGCUGACACAGCUACUAAAAAAAAUGGGUGCUGACUUGCUUGGGUCUGUUCAGGCAAAAGUCCAGAAAGCCCUUGAUGUCACCAGAGAAUCUUUUCCAAAUGAUCUUCAGUUUAAUAUUCUAAUGAGAUUUACAGUUGAUCAGACCCAAACACCAAGCUUGAAGACAGUCAAGCCAGCACUUCGGGACCAGCUUCACUCUUUUUGGAGCUCUAAGGUAAAGGUUGCUAUCCUUAAAUACAUAGAAACUCUAGCCAAACAGAUGGAUCCAGGAGAUUUUAUAAAUUCCAGUGAAACUCGCCUGGCAGUGUCUCGAGUCAUCACUUGGACAACAGAACCCAAAAGUUCUGAUGUUCGGAAGGCAGCACAGUCAGUGCUGAUUUCUUUAUUUGAACUCAAUACUCCAGAGUUUACAAUGUUAUUAGGAGCUUUACCAAAAACUUUUCAGGAUGGUGCUACCAAGCUUCUCCAUAACCACCUUCGAAACACCGGCAACGGAACCCAGAAUUCCAUGGGGAGUCCUUUGACGAGACCAACACCACGCUCACCAGCCAACUGGUCCAGUCCUCUUACUUCUCCUACCAAUACAUCACAGAAUACUUUAUCUCCAAGUGCAUUUGAUUAUGACACAGAAAAUAUGAACUCUGAAGAUAUUUACAGCUCUCUUCGAGGUGUCACUGAAGCAAUACAGAAUUUUAGCUUCCGUAGUCAAGAAGAUAUGAAUGAGCCACUGAAAAGGGAUUCUAAAAAAGAGGAUGGUGACUCAAUGUGUGGUGGUCCUGGGAUUGCUGACCCAAGAGCGGGAGGUGAUGCUACUGACUCAAGCCAAACAGCUCUUGAUAAUAAAGCUUCGUUGCUCCAUUCGAUGCCUGCUCACUCCUCCCCGCGCUCUCGAGACUAUAAUCCAUAUAACUAUUCAGAUAGCAUCAGUCCCUUCAAUAAGUCUGCCCUCAAGGAAGCCAUGUUUGACGAUGAUGCCGACCAGUUUCCUGAUGAUCUCUCCCUAGACCAUUCUGACCUAGUGGCAGAAUUACUGAAGGAGCUGUCUAAUCACAAUGAACGUGUGGAAGAAAGGAAAAUCGCCCUCUAUGAACUCAUGAAGCUGACACAGGAAGAAUCCUUCAGUGUUUGGGAUGAACAUUUCAAAACAAUAUUGCUUUUAUUGCUUGAAACCCUUGGGGAUAAAGAGCCAACAAUCAGGGCCUUGGCGUUAAAGGUUUUGAGAGAAAUCCUGAGGCAUCAGCCAGCAAGAUUUAAAAACUAUGCAGAACUGACUGUAAUGAAAACACUGGAAGCCCAUAAAGAUCCUCAUAAGGAGGUGGUGAGAUCUGCUGAGGAAGCUGCAUCAGUACUGGCCACUUCCAUUAGCCCAGAGCAAUGCAUCAAAGUGCUUUGUCCCAUCAUCCAAACUGCGGAUUACCCAAUUAACCUGGCUGCGAUCAAAAUGCAGACAAAAGUGAUAGAGAGAGUGUCCAAGGAAACCCUUAACCUGCUUCUGCCAGAAAUUAUGCCAGGUCUGAUACAGGGUUACGAUAACUCCGAGAGCAGUGUUCGGAAAGCUUGUGUCUUCUGCCUGGUGGCUGUUCAUGCGGUGAUUGGUGAUGAACUGAAACCACAUCUCAGUCAACUCACCGGCAGUAAAAUGAAGCUACUGAAUCUUUACAUCAAGCGUGCACAGACAGGCUCUGGAGGAGCUGACCCCACUGCUGACGUUCCUGGACAAAGUUAGUGAAGCUCAUCAGCGUGACCAGGUCUCUCCCGAAAAGGACAGACUACCCUCGCCAGUGAAAGGGAAUUCUCAAACACAUCUUUUGGAGCUUAACCAUUGUUUCCUAGUUUUAGUUUUUCGUUUUGUUUUGUUUGUACUUUCUGUACCAGAGGACUGUCCUCAGUCUGCAUGUAACUUUUACGAUAGUUAUUCCAGAUUCAUGAAGAAGCAGUAUUAACAUCAGUUGAUCAGUACACGGUAAUUUUUAACCUAAUUCAUCAUUUCACAUGUUUGUACUUCUUUGUCUUCCCGUUAACCUUUGCCAGUGUUAUGAUUGUAUAAAUUUUUUUUAAAUGCUGGUUAAACAGGAAUGCUUAAAGCUUUAAAAGUUAACAGUCUAAAACAUCUUUUGCCUUUAUUCCACUGCAGAAUAAUAUUUUUAUUGCUACUUUGAGUUUUGUUCUGUAUCAUGUCCUAUGCUAGAAAUACUUAAAUGAUGUGAAACAGUGCAGGACUAAGUUGAGCUUCGGCUGGCCACUGUCGGUGUGAUGGUGACACGUGUCAUUAGUUGCCACUUCUUCGGGGUGAUCUGUAGUUUGAAAACUAAGACCUCAGAGAGAAGUGUUACAGAAUCAUCCAGUUCUGUAAAACUGAUACUGUUUGUUUGUUAUUGAUCUUGCCAUCUUUAUUUAAAGCCGUGUCCCUUCUACGAUCCCGUAAGAAAGCGGCACCAAAUCGUCCCCCUGUGGUUUUCUUGAUUCUUACGAGAGAGAAGGUUUCAUUGCAGGGUUUUUGGUUUGUAUCUUUAUUGUGAAUGAUGCUUUUUUUGUAUUUAUUAAUAUCAGAUUCACUUAUGAAUAAACUUGAUAAUGGAAACAGACAAGAAAAAAAUCAAGUGCGUGUGUGUCCUUGGCCGUGUUCUGUUCUCAUGUACUAGACAAUUACUGAGACAUGGGAGUCGACCAGCACCUUUUUGUUCAGUGGUGGAACCUGGUUUCCUUUGACCGUGAAAUUGUCUUACUUGACAACGUUGAUCCUGAUGAGAGAGAAGAUGGUGCCAAGGCUGUCUUCAGAUAAUGCGCUCAAAUUCUCUACCUCUUCAGGGCUGACACUUCUAACUGAACUGCUGCCUAUAGUGUCUUUUGGAAAACUACUUCAAGGUGAUUUUCUGUUAAUUUUUAACAAAGUUUUUAAUCACCUUCUGCUACACCUGUUCUUUUCAUGUGCAGCAAAACUUCAAAAAUUACCAGUUUUGGUGAAAGGCCAAAUUAGAUCAUUUGGAACCAGGAUGCUAAUGGUUUCUCACCUUGACUUUUAUUUUAUUUUUUUUUAAUCCUAACAUAAAGUGAAUUUGACUGGAAAGGCAAAUAGCUAUUAGGGAAGCAAUUUGCUAUUGUUACAGAAUGGUCUGUACUUCCUUUGUUUAACUUGUAGAAAUGUAUGUAAAGAAUUGAAGACAAGAGUACUGAAUGGCUGACUCGUCCUAGGCUCCCCCCUUGGUUUCUGUUUCAGCAGCAGGAAAUAGUUUCUCUAUGCCCUCUCCCCAUUACCUGUAACAGUUUUAUUUUCUAAUGUUAAUGACAUUGUGUAUUUAUAGUUCUACGCUUACUGUUGUGCAUAUACUGGCAAUAAAACUGUACAUAACAUUACUUGAAAAGUUAAUCAUGUGUAUCAGCUGUUUUUCUGUCUCGCUGUGUAAUAACUUUAGAAGGUCUCAUAGCAGUGGUGUUCCAUGAGUUUUGUAAGUGCGUCUGGGGAGAAAAGAUUCACACAGUCCAGUGUGUAUAGAUGGCUGUGUACAUAUGUACAUGUAACAGCUUAUCUUUAAAAA